AUGGGACGUGACGAGCUGUAUAACCCGCACUGUUAUAUGUGGAAAGAUUCCCAUACAUUGCGAAAAGGUGAUGUCAUCCAGCACAUCGGAAACAUGGAAUCUUUGGCAACAAAUUUCCGUCUCGUAACAUUGAACUGCCAGUCGCUUUCAAGCGAACUCCAACAAGCCGCUCUGUCCGGACUUCUGAAAUAUUUGCACGCACCGUUUGCUUCAUUGCAGGAAGCACGCAUCAGGGAUCGCCGUCUCAGCAGUAUCGACAAUUACACCAUCUACUGCGGCGAUGUUGAUGAAACGAAAGUAGAAGGCUGCGCAAUAGCUGUCAGGAGCGAUUACAACAACCUGGUCGAGGAGUUGAGAUCAACGUCGUCAAGAUGCGCCUUUGUACGACUGCGGGAUCGCAGAGGACUCAAACUCUGGAUCGUAGGUGCUCACGCACUUUGGUAUCCAACAUACCAAGCCAGCAGGCGGUAA